CCGCGCCCGUCCAGCGUGUGACUUCACCAGCGCCCAGAGCCAACGCGGCACCGAAGGCCGGGUCCCCGCCCACGGCCCCGGCCGCAGGUGCCAGGAGCCUGAAGCGGCAGCGCCUGGACGCGCGGGCCUGGGGACCGCCAGGCGCCGGGACUACGCUCCCGCCUCCGCCUCCGCCUCUUCUUUGUAGCGAGUCCCCCGGUCGGUCCUCCCCGCCCCCCUCGCGGCCCGCCGCCCGCCUUUCUUCCUGCUUCGCCUUCCUGCGGCGCGGCGGCCUCAUCUAUUAUAGAUGCUCGGCCGUGGCUGACAUCAGCCAGCGGCCUCUCGAGCGCGCGCUCCCCAGCCCGGCCCAGCCUCUCGCUGCCGCCCGCGCCCGGCCCCGCUGCCCGCUUUCUGCAUGACUGUCACAAAGAUGUCCUGGCGACCGCAGUACCGCAGUUCCAAGUUCCGGAACGUGUACGGGAAGGUGGCCAACCGGGAGCACUGCUUUGACGGGAUCCCCAUCACCAAGAACGUGCACGACAACCACUUCUGUGCUGUCAACGCCCGCUUCCUGGCCAUAGUCACAGAGAGCGCUGGAGGGGGCUCCUUCCUGGUCAUCCCCCUGGAGCAGACAGGUAGAAUUGAGCCAAACUACCCCAAGGUAUGCGGUCAUCAAGGCAAUGUGCUGGACAUCAAAUGGAACCCCUUCAUUGACAACAUUAUCGCCUCGUGCUCCGAGGACACUUCGGUGCGGAUCUGGGAGAUCCCGGAGGGUGGGCUGAAGCGUAACAUGACCGAAGCCCUCCUGGAGCUCCACGGACACAGCCGGCGUGUGGGACUGGUUGAGUGGCACCCCACGACCAACAACAUUCUCUUCAGUGCUGGCUAUGACUACAAGGUCCUCAUCUGGAACCUGGACAUAGGCGAACCAGUGAAAAUGAUUGACUGCCACACAGAUGUCAUCCUCUGCAUGUCCUUCAACACAGAUGGCAGCCUGCUUACCACCACGUGCAAGGACAAGAAGCUCCGUGUGAUUGAGCCCCGCUCUGGCCGUGUGCUGCAGGAGGCAAACUGCAAAAACCACCGAGUGAAUCGUGUCGUGUUCCUGGGCAACAUGAAGCGGCUCCUCACGACAGGGGUCUCCAGGUGGAACACGAGACAGAUCGCCCUGUGGGACCAGGAGGAUCUGUCCAUGCCGAUGAUCGAGGAAGAAAUUGACGGGCUCUCGGGCCUCCUGUUCCCAUUCUAUGAUGCUGACACCCACAUGCUGUACCUAGCUGGAAAGGGGGAUGGAAACAUCCGGUACUAUGAGAUCAGCACGGAGAAGCCCUACCUGAGCUACCUCAUGGAGUUCCGUUCCCCGGCCCCACAGAAAGGCCUAGGUGUCAUGCCCAAGCAUGGGUUGGACGUAUCCGCCUGUGAGGUCUUCCGCUUCUAUAAGCUGGUGACACUCAAGGGCCUGAUUGAACCCAUCUCCAUGAUUGUGCCCCGGAGGUCAGAUUCCUACCAGGAAGACAUUUACCCCAUGACACCAGGCACAGAGCCAGCACUGACGCCAGAUGAAUGGCUGGGAGGCAUCAACCGAGACCCUGUGCUGAUGUCUUUGAAGGAAGGCUAUAAGAAGUCUUCAAAAGUGGUAUUUAAAGCCCCCAUCAGAGAAAAGAAGAGCGUUGUCGUGAACGGCAUAGAUUUACUAGAAAAUGUCCCACCCAGGACAGAGAAUGAGCUCCUCAGGAUGUUCUUCAGGCAGCAGGAUGAGAUCCGAAGGUUGAAGGAGGAGCUGGCACAGAAGGACAUCCGACUCCGUCAGCUCCAGCUAGAACUGAAAAACCUGCGCAACAACCCCAAGAACUGUUAGCCUCUCAGUGGGCUGUUUUCCAAGCCAAUCUCUCCGGUGUUUCUACUGGUCCCUAAACUGCCCCUUAUCUGUUGAGCCCAGAGACAGGGCCUGGACUGGAGCUAGGGACCAUCUGGUAGACCCUAACUACCACCUCAAGAACUGGAAGCUGACCUUUGACCUCCUGACUUCAUGCUAACACCAGUCCCCCAGCCUCUCCUGGAGGAGACCCCACCCCUGACUGGCAGCCCUUUCCCCUGCAGCCCCAGGAGCAGGGUUCCCCUUGGCUCCUGCAGGUGUCCUCCAGGGAGGGAGCGGGAAGAGCAGGAUUGAAGCCUGACUUAGAACUUGAAUGUGUCCCCUGCAGAGGGGUUGCCGGGACCUAUCUACACAGGGACCAGUUGCCCCAGUCCCAGCAUCACUUCUGAAGCACAGUGAGGGCUGGGUGGUUGCCGUGGAGCGCUCUGCCCACCUCCGGCCUCUUUCUCUCCCAGCUGCCCUGGGAACCCAGCUCACCCUACCAAAGGUGAGCUCCUGGCAGGCAGGCCCUUUGCUUUCUGAACCGUCCCCCACCCGACCCAACCCUUUGUCUUCAGGGAAUGAGGAGGAUGCUCUCCAAGGCCAUAAUGACCCCUUGCCUUCCCCGUGGUUCUCUUCAAAGCCCUUUUAAUCCCUUUUCAUUUAAUUUGUGAGGCAGGCAGGGAAGGGUUUAAUGUCCCCACUUGUCAAAUGACAGAACUGAGGGGUUGCAAUAAGGAAGCAACCUAGGGUCACCCAGAGGACCCUUGACAUCCAGACCCUGCGGCCAAGACCCUUCCCACUGUACUGAGACUCCAAGCAUUUUGUGGGCUUCCCCAGAAUGAGACCCGGGAGCCACUUCUACUGUCCAUCCAACACCAGUAGUGCCAACCCACCACACUGCCCGGUGAAGCCCUCACAUGCAGUGCCCGGGAUCCCCCCUGGCCUGCACUCCUUGCUCUCACUCCCUACAGGGAGCUCCGUCUAAGAUGAGGCCUCUUCCUGGAAGCGGAGGCUGAGAAAGGAUAGAGCUGGGCCCUAGGGCAGGCAGAGCAAGGGUCCAUGGCUUCCAGGAUGCUCUGCCUGUGUCUCCCCCCACCCUCCUCUUCCCACUUCCAAGCCUGCUAUCUCAGCCACUUUCAGCCUUACACACGCAGGAGGACCACAGCCUCUCCAUCCGCACAGCACUUUAAAGUUUACCCAGCUUUUUGACACACAGAUCUCACUGACUCUCGCAUCCGCCCCACUUUGCAGCGCAGGGAAAGGGAAGUGGCCCUCGGGCUCACCCUCCAAGAUGCUCUGUUUCCUCUGGUCUUCUACAGGCUUGCUUCCCUCCCUCUUUCCAUUUCCCACCCACCACACAGAGCUCCAAAGCACCAAUGUCACGACAGUCACUGCCAUUUGGGCAGAGCAGAGAAGGGGAUCUCUGUUGUUGGCUGGGAUCUGCUACGCACAGGAAACUCCUUGCCUGCCCUUCCUGUGGCCACCUUGCAAACUUCCCAACUGCAGAGGCCCUUCCAGGGAGCUGGGGUGAGCUUCCCCAGCCCGGGCCCUCUCCACUCCAUCCACUGAUGCUCCCUGACCCCAGCUUGCUGAAGCAACUCCCACACCACCCACAGCCAGACUGUCAGCUCUCAUCUCCUCCUCCACACUUCUGGAGCUUUCUUUCUGUCCAUUGACCAUUGUGGUCUUCUGUGAUUAUUUAUGCUGCCUCCCAAGGAUAGAACUGAAAUAAAAUGUUUUCAACUUAUCAAGCCAAGGCACGGCCAUGUCAUUUAGCUGCAGUGAGAUCCUGCUUUUGGUCACCGCACUGCCUCUGUGGCCAGCUGCACACUGAACCGUCUUUCUGACACGCAGCUACCUCUGUAGAGCGAUCCUAGCAUGUUCUGUUCACCUGGCAUGUUUAGUUAUUAAUUUUUUUUUUCCAGACAGGGUUUUUCUGUGUAGCCCUGGCUGUCCUGGACUCGCUUUGUAGACCAGGCUGGCCUCUACCUCACAGAGAUCCCCCUGCCUCUGCCUCCCGAGUGCUGGGAUCACGGGAGCGCACCACCACACCGGGCUCCUCCAGCACUUUGAUAUUGUGGGACUAACAGUGCUUGGCUGUGGGGUUUGUCCUGGUCCCUGUACCCUCAUCAGUGUCCCUGGCCUAGUGCAUCAGAUGUCAUAGCAACAUCCACCUAGUUUUGACUGACAAAAAUACCCCCCAUCUAUUGCUAAGUGACCACGGGGGUAUCAGAAUCACCCCCAAUUCAGAACUAGUGUUCUGGGGCUGGUGAGAGGGCUUAGCAGGAAAAGGGACCUGCCUCCAAAAUAGACGACCUGAGUUGUAGGAGGAGAGAAUUGGCACAUUGGACAUGGGAUACUUGUAUACAUAUACACACACAUAAAUAGUACUACAAUUUUUUUUUCCUUUAAACAUUUUGAUUAUGUGUAUGCAGUACCAGCUGUGGCCAGAAGGGGGCAUUGGGUCCCCUGGUGCUGUAGUUACAGCCUGUUGUAAGCCACCAUUUGGAUGCUAGGAACCAAACCUGGGUCCUCUACAAGAGUAGCUGGUGCUCUAACCGCUGAGCCACCUCUCCAGGCCCAUAUUACACUUUUUUUAAUGAACUGCUUCUUACAGCUAUGCCAAGUAAAGUGUAUCAAACUUAGAAAUCUACUACUCAGAGGCUGGAGCAGGAGGAUUACCAACAGUUCAGCGCAGCCUGCGAUACACAGCAGGACCCUGUCGCAAAAGGAGAGGCACGCUAAGAAUAUACCUCAGCUGGUAUGGUGCUUGCUUAGAAUGCAGGAAGCCCUGGCUCUGAUCAGAAGCACGGCAGGAAGAUCAGAAGUUCAAGGUUAUCUUAGCCACCCAGGGAACUCAAGGCCAGCCUGGGCUAUAGAAGACCAGGACUGUUCAGUAUCCAGCCCUGUGUUAGGGCCCAGGAAGACUGUGUCGUACACUGGAGUGGCAUGUCACAGCCUGCAAGGGACUGAUCCAUGAAUCUGACUCGCUAGGUUCUAUCACUGUGCUGGCGGAAGAGUGAUGUGCCCAAGGUCACUGAGCCAAUGUGAUGAGGAUUUUCUAGGUCCAAGGACAGAGGAUCUGAGGGGAGCCUGCUCCAGGAGGGUGCUGGGGUGCAUCAUGAGAGCAGUGAUGGUGGACACCAGUACUCCCUCACCACGCCAGGCCUGUCUGAGGACAGGGUUGGCAGUGUGAAGGUACCUCACAGGUACCUCAGAGGAGCCAGAGGAACUAGCCCAAGCUGAAGUGGGGAGCAUCAGAGAACUAUAGGGGCACUGUGCACAGGACCCUGGGCAGGUGAGGCUCAGAUCCAUUCCACUGUGGGAAAUCCCGCACGUCACUUCUCUGCGCUGGGCAUUAUUUUCCCAUCUGUACAAGGGGGGGAACAAUUCCCAGGGUUCCCUGUUGGUCAAACACCUGAGGUUUCCAUGAUGCCAGCUGCUGGAGAGGACAGACAAAUUCCCAAGACCACCCGUUGUCUGCAUGAGUGAUACAAACAAGCUCCUCAGGAGGAGGGGAAGCAGCAGGGGUUCCUGUGAGGCCUGAAGGCAGCAUUGCCUAGCGUGAGUUUGAGCAAUCCUACUGAAGUUUCUGCUCCUAGAUCAAUUUUGUGGGUUGUAAGGGAUUCUGAAUCCAUUCAGAGGAUGGUCCACGUAAGCUGUCAGGUGGCUGAGACUAACGUUGCCUGGACCCAGGGGAGCAGGUAAACGAGUAAACACAUUAACGUGGCUUCUCCUGUGGCCCGCCUGGUCCACGCCCAGAACAACAACUCUUCAGCCCUUGCUCCAAAUGGUAAAUUGCCUACGGUAAGUACUGCCCUCGGGAGCCCGUUUUCUAAACCAUGUCUGUUAAGUAUUCUUCCCAUUGGCUAAGUAUUCUUCCCAUUGGCUACCACGCGUCCUUAGUCAUCAUGUGCUAUGCUGGGGUGCAGCUCCCACGCGGCUGGCUCAGAAUGCUGAGUUUCACCCCUGCACAAUCAGGCACGGUAGCCUCUGCCUGCAGUCACAGCAGUUGGGAGGAAGGAGCACGAGGUCCACAAGUUUGAGAAUGUCUUUGACUUUAUAGUGAGUUGGAGGCCAGCCUGAGCUACACGAGACUUUGUCUUUGAAAAAAAAGUCUUCUGCUAUGAAAGCUUUCAGUCUAGUCUUUUAGGCGGCCUCUCUGCCAGUGAUGACUCAGCUCACCACCCAGCUUCACUUAUUUAAAGGCGGGGAGGGGACGCAGCCUUCUGUGGCUCUUCAAACCAUCUCCGUUGGAAUGUUUCCCCCAGACAUUGCUCUGGCUUCGCCCCGAGCUUGGUUUAUCCAGCAGGUUAACUGAGGACUGUACGCCGCACCUCAGAACUCCAGUCAUGUCUAUCUGCAUCAUCCGAGCACCGCCUGGACUCAGAGCCCUGAACUACAGAGGCUGCCCUCUGGGAUGGGUUCGAGGAGGGGUGGUCAGCAGUCUGGGGAGGUUGCUGGCUCUGGGGCUGUCUUCCAGCCAGUCUCCUGAGAUCUCAAGAUGGGUUCAGGCAUUUUUAGACUUUUAGCACUGGGCCGGUAUCCAAGGCUGUCCGAGGACCCAUGCAGAACCUGGCUGCUUCUUCACUGUGGGAAAUGAUUUCAUCCUGAAAACACUCCCACCCUGCCUGCCUUCCAGCUUGGAAGGACUAAGAUGCCUCAGCAGGGACACACAGCAGUGGCAGACACUUAACCUUGGCCAGGAAGAAUGAAGAGAUCCACUGAGGCCUGUGGUGCAGAGGAGAGAGGAAGAGUAUGGUGUGGGCCUGUGUGCGCAUGUGUGUGUCUGUGUGUUCGUGAGUACAUGCCUGAGUGUGUGCAUGCGUGCCUGUGCAUGUCUGUGCCUGUGUGUGUGUGUAUGAGAAAGAGAGAGAGAGAGAGAGAGAGAGAGAGAGAGAGAGAGACCUCUGCCCCCUGCUGGAUGACAACUGAAGCUCCCAGGUGUGGGGAAGUCUUCCUGUUUUGAAAUAACCUGCAGCUUGCUAUUUCAAUUCAGUAACAAGCACCGCGUCAGCCUUACUCCGACCCCUUUGCUGACACCUGGCUUCUUAGGUGGACACUGCCUGGCAGCAUGGUCCCUUAGGUUAACCAUUGACUUCCCAGAGCACUGGUCCAACACACACACACACACACACACACACACACACACACACACACGAUGUUAACCACUAAUAGCACCUGAGGAGGGGAGAGGGGCCUGAAGACACAGAUCUUAGAUAUCAAGGUCACCCCAAAAUGCAAAGACCAGGAAGAAUUUGCUAGAAACUUGAACCUAGCCAGCAGGUGGCAGAUGACAGCCUUCCUAUGAGACUGUUCUGAGCUGGAUGCCUUCUCCAUCUCCCAUUCUACCCCUGAAUGAAUAGACCCAAACACAGACCACUGGGGCUUCCUGGUGAAGCAGGCACUCGGGCUAGCCAGGAUCUGAACCACCCAGGCGUGGGUGAGUGAAGCUCUCCAGGGGUCCGGAGGCUCCUAGCCCGGGAGGAUGGCGUUCUGAGAAUGGCCAGAGGAGGGCGCUCUCCUUCCCCUUCCGCAGAUUCUGCUGUCAUUGCGGGCUGCACGCCUGCUUGCCUGCGAGCUGGAACGAGGCUGAGGCUGGCUUCCCGUCCCAGCACGGAUCUGACCUGCUCGGUGACCUUGAGCAAAGUUCCCACAGGGACAAUGACAGGGAGGGGCCCUUUCUGCCCAGAGAGUCCGCAGUUCCCCGGGGUUUGGGUCUGAGCGGGGAGGGGGGGAGGGAAGAAGAGGAGGGUAGAAAGGAAGAAAGGAUCUGAUAGGAGGAGCCAAGGGUCAAGGGCAGACCCUAGCAGUUGGGGGUCAUUGCCCAGACCAGUCCGGGAGCGCGCCAGCUGCAGCCUACGCAAUCUCCAGGAAGCUGCUGUUGAGAGAAACAGAAGCCGUUCUCCCCAGCUCCCUGCCUCCCGCCCGGGAAAACACAGGGCCAGAGGUGAAGGCGGAGCCUCCUCUGGGGUGAGAAGCCGAGGAAAGGCCUGGAGUGGACCUACGCUAGUGUGCUGCUUGGACCGGAGGAGGUGGAAGGGCAUCGGUCAAGCAGCGGCAACAGGUCCAGCUGGGGGCUAGUGGCCUGGUUAAUGGUGAGAGUGUGUUGAGCUGUGGAAUUGACCUUGACUGAGGGAGAGGGAGGGCACAGUUCCGGAGUGCAACUAGAGAUGAGAUGAGAAGAUCCCUCCUAUCAGGGGAUACACCAUGGAGCUCAGCAAAUGCUAAGAUUCCCAAAAGAGAAGGGAACAGUCUCAGAAAAUCGCAGACUUUUCUCUGCCCUUUAGAUCAGAAGUAAAAUAUUUGCCAAGUACUUUUUUUCUGCUUCUGAGAGACAGAGGUGCAGGAUUUCUUGGAGCACCAAGUGCCCUUGAACGGUGGCUGAAGAUGACUGACUGCUGAUCCUCCUGCCUCCACCCCCCUGGUGCUGAGAUCAUCAUCCACACCCGACUUAGGACGUGCUGGAGAUCCGCUCCGAGGGCUUCCUGCUAGACAAGCACCCUAGCAACUGAGCUGCAUCCAAAUCCUGCUGGCUACUGCAAUCGCUGACCGACGGGGCUGCCCCUUGGAGCUUCCGGGAAGUCCGAUUAGAGUGUCCCUCAUACCUCCUUCCCUAACACUAUCCUCCAUCGACUUAGGACGCCAGAAAUUCACAGUUCCCCACAAAAUCACUUUUAAAAAUAACUGUCUCCAAUAUGAGCUGGCCUCACAGUCACCACAGAACCACAGAGCCGAAGAUGGAGCUCCUGGCCUUUUUUGCCUCCACCUUAAAAAAAAAAAAAAGAUUUAUUUACUAUUUACACAGCAUUCUGCCUGCACACCAGAUCUCAGUAUAGAUGGUUAUGAGUCACCAUGUGGUUGCUGGGAAUUGAACUCAGGACCUUUGGAAGAACAGCAAGUGUUCUUAACCUCUGAGCCAUUAGAUUACAGGCUUACUCUCCUCCCCCUCCCAGCUAUCAGCCAUGGACUUUUGAAAUCUGUUCAGACAACUAAGAGAAAGAGAGAGAGGAGAAAGAAAGGAAGAAAUGUAGGUGUGCUGGCGCCUCAGGAAAAACUGUGAUUAUUUCCAAAGCCCACACUCACCAAGUCCUCUCACCAUACAUAUGCAAUGCAUCAUUGAAAUGGUCAAAGGGAAUAAGACCAUACAGACUUCGGGGAGUUAAUUACUGAUGGUGGUUUGAAUUAAAUGGUCUCCAUAGGCUUAUAGGGAGUAGCAUUGUUUGAAAGGACUAGGACAAAUGGCCUUGGUAAAAUAGGUAUACCUUUGGAAGAGGAGGUACUAGGGCUGGGCUUUGAGGAUUCAGAAGCUCCAGCCAGACCCAGUGGCUCACUUGCUCUUCAUGCUGUCUGCUGAUCCAGAUGUAAGAACUCCCAGCAAAUCUCCAGCACCAUGUCUGCCUGCAUGCCACCGUGCUUCCUGCUAUGAACUAAACCUCUAAACUGUAAGCCAGCCCCAGAUAAAUGUUUUCCUUUGUAAGA